CCAAUUUUCCAUGCAGUUCCGAGUAGAACUAGGGUAUUUGUGCAAUAUUCUCUCUCAAUCUCUCUAUUCAGGACUCUAUUCUCUCUUCUCUCAAAUCUGAGAUUUUCGAGCAUAUCUCAGAAAUAAGAGGUGCUUCCACAUCAUUAACCGAAAACCCUGGUUCCCACCAUCAACAUGUCUAAAAAUCAUCUUUCAGAACAAAGUAACCUUUGUCUUGAGGGGCCAGGAAGAAAGUUUGAGUUAAUUGCGUGCGUUUCCAGUCAAAUACCCAGGGACAAUAACAAGGACUCCCCCAUUGUAGGUGAACCUGCAAAUAAAACUAAAAAUGAAAAGUAAGAAUUUGUAGAUUGCUCAAGCUACUCAUUUUCCCAUUCUAACUUUUUCAGAUUUUAUAGAUUGCUCUGUUUGGUAACUUUUAAAAAUUAUAGAAAAAUAUUUCAGAAUUAAAAACCUCUUUUUCAUUAUACUUUCACCCACCAAGCAAUUGUUUGGGCUUGGAAGGUGCGUCUGUCUGGCAAAAUUUGCUCAUGCACCGCAUUGUAGUGCCAAAAACAAAGUAAUAUCAGUUACUUGCUCUGGGUGGACCGAGGCUCGGUUGAUGUAAGGUAGAAUCUUGACUGAGAGGUAUCUGUCUGCUGUUUGUGAUUCUUUUUAGUUUAGUUUGAACUGUAUAUGCAAUAAAUACACCCACAGCCAUAUGUAUUUGAUUGCUAGUUGGAAGCUGCAGUCGAUAAUUUAAGACUUGGGUUUAUGUUUCGAAGAUUCAAAGUGGUAUUUGCUUGAUUAGAUUCUCUAGCUUCUCUAAUAGUUUGUUUCUUUUAUUCUUAGUUUCAUACUGAGGCCCUUAUUGGUACAAUAUUCUUGUAUGAUAGAGGGCAUUGAAAUCUUUUAGAUUUCCUGAGGUAUCUAGGGAUGGAGUUCCAUACUAACACACACACGCACACACACACGCACACACACACACACACACACACGCACCUCUUAUUGGAUUGAAUUUUUUCAGAUUUUUGUAUGAUGGAGGGCAUUGAAAUCUUUUAGAUUUCCUGAGGUAUCUAGGGUUGGAGUUCCAUACUAACACUAACAUGCGCACGCACACACUCACAUCUCUUAUUGGAUUGAAUUUUUCCAGAUUUUUGCAUCUCAUAAUACAAAAUAAUGAAAUGCAAUUGAUAAGGAGAAUCAAAGAUAUUACAAAUGCGCAGAUGACAAAAAUCUGAACCAUUAUGUAAAAAUAAUGGCUUAGAUUUGAAGAAUUUCAGUACCUUGGAGUCGUGCUAGGAGAUCUAGAGGAUCGUAGUACUACUUGAGCCGUCAUGGAUUUUGAUGUGAGAGUUGUAAAGAAAGAGGCUGAUGAUGAGUACGAUAUUAGAUUGGAAAGACGGUUGAAAAGAAGGUGCAUUGCCAAUAAAAUGUUUUCUAGCGAUUAUGUGAAGAAAACUAGAAAUAUGAGUGUUAAAAUUAAAGAUGCACCCAUGGAUGUGGAUGUGCCUGAUGAGGACCAUGCAGAAUUUUUGAAAUAUUUAUCGUGGAAUAAUUGUGACGGGGACAAUGAGGCAGAUGUUUUUGCUCGGUGUUUGUAUGAUGGUCACAAUGAUAUCAAAAUGGACAGAGAUAAUGACCAAUAUGUAGAUCCGCCAGACAAUUUGUGCUUGAUUGAUGAUGACGUACCCAUGGAUAUGGAUGAGAAUGACGAGGACUAUGCAGUAUUUUUUAAUUGUCUUGUUCAGAAUAUUGAUGAUAAUAAUGAUGGAGACGUAAGUGCUAGGUUUUUGGGUGAUGACAAUGAGAAUGUCAAAAAUGUGGAAGAGGAUGAUCAAGAUGGAGAUCCACAGCAUGACAUGUGCAUGGAAGAUGAUCAUGAUGAUCUGGAUCCUCAGUAUAAGAUUUUCUUGGAAAAUUUGAGGGAAGAUGGACAAUCAUAUGUACUUGAAGUUGUUACAAACAAUGGGAUGUCGAUGGUUGUAAAGUACGAAGGAGAGAAAGGGUUGUUUGAUGGGCUCGUGUUAGACCCUCAGGGAACUUUGAACAGUUGGCAGAGAGAGGAGACUGAAACUGCAAAUGGACAUAUUUCUAAUAUGAGAGAAUCCGAUACGACUGAUGAAGACUACCAGGAAUUUCUGAGUUGUCUUAAGAAUGAUGGUGAAAAUAUUGUAUAUAACCUUGAAAGUGGCAUACCAUUAAUAUAUGAGGAGGAUGCAGAGUGUUCAGAUGAUUUAGAAAUAGUUGGAACAGACGAAGAUCCAUUUUCUGAUGGAUACUUCACCCCAUUCGUAGCUUCUAGAUUGGAUUCUAUUAUUGAUCUAGACGCCAAGACAUCUAAUGGAAGUCCUGGUAGUUAUGGCGAUUCUCAGUUUAGGAAGAGGCUUAUGGAGAUUCUUAGAAGUCCCUAUGAUGCAAAGGAGUAUGAAUACCUUCUCCAUGAAGUAUCUCGCAGAAGGCAAACGGAACGUAACCGAGAAUUGCGUAAUGGGACAAAAUCAUAUACAUUAGAGUCUGUUGCUAAGUCUUAUCUUGAUCAACACCAUGACUUUGCAAGAGAGAUCAUUUCAGCCGAGCACGAUCGACGUAGAGUUUUGAAUCUGUUACGUGGAUUUUUCUUUUGGUUGCAAAAUUUGGUUCAGAAAGGAGCGUUCCAGCCUUGGAAGGACUCAUCAUGUUUGAAUAUAUUGCCAGAAAUGUAACUAGGAAUUUCUCGUCAAGUUCUGUUGACAUUGCAAAGUAAGUCCAUCCGACUUGGGUUGUAGCAGCAGAGGUUAGAUGUGUCCCUCGGCUUCUAGAUGCAAGGUUGUGUAUAUGGAAGUUGGAUGAUGUUGGUUUGUCGUCCUUCCACUGUCAAUGUUAUUGAGUUCCAGGAUUACCCAAAAGUGUUGUGUUUAAGGCUUGUAAUGCAAUGCCAUAUAUGGUUAAUUAAUGUGUUUUGCAGGUUUUGGUAA